AUGCCUGUCAACACUCUCACUCCCAUCGUCUGGCUUGAGCCGCCAGAUUUCGGCGCCAAGACGGGCACCACCGACGUGCUGAUGGCAAGGCAAGGUGACGACGUCAUCAUCCGCUGUCCGUUCCUCAUCAACGACGAGCAGCAGCGGUCGGCGGUGUCCACUACCUGGCGCCAGGAUGGCCGCUCGCUGGCACCGGACCGGCUUCCCGCAAACUUGGCACUGGCCACGGCAGACGCAAGCGAGCUCCGGGUGAGCCAUGUGCAGCCUGAAGACGCUGGUUACUACACCUGCACGGCCGUCAAUGCGGCGGGUGAAGCGAGCUUUACCACCUUUCUAGAUGUCCUGGUGCCUCCAUAUUUUGAGGAACCAGACGCGGAGGAGAUCUACGUCGUGGAAGGCGGUAGCGUGACGCUGGAGUGCUUCCCUCGCGGAAUUCCGGAACCAGUCGUCUCUUGGUCGCUGUAUGAAAAUAAGCUUCCCGAUGAAGGGCCUUUUCUUAAGCUGCUGAAUGCGAGUGCGGAGGAUGCUGGGCAUUAUGUGUGUCAGGCGUCCAAUGACGCGGGGGUGGCCGAGAAGGACUUCAUCCUCGUUGUCCUGGUGCGCCCAGGUUUCAACAUCACGGCGUUGCGCACUGACGUGAGUGUCUUGGAGGGUGAGGAGGUGCAGCUGCCAUGCCCAGCGACCGGAGUUCCCGAGCCCCGGCGUAUCUGGUACCGGGAAGGCCGUCGCCGUAUCUACCCGGGCCCCUCGAUGCAGCUGUCUAGCGACGGCACACUGACCAUCGUACCGGCACGGCUGCACGAUGCGGGAAGUUUCACAUGCGUGGCACUGAGCGAAGCGGGAACAGCAGAAGUCAACGUCACACUUACUGUACACGUGCCUCCGAGCAUUCGGUCACCAGUCGAUCCAGGUCCAGUGGUAGCGGUAAGGGGUCACCCAGCCAGGCUAGCAUGUGAGGCAAGCGGUGUGCCAGCACCCACUGUAUCGUGGUUCAAGACAGACUCCCACGGACUCGCCAGGCUCCGCGUUGGAAGUGGACCGUUUCUGGACUUUACUGACGGCGUCACGUCGGAUCACGAGGGUUGCUACGUCUGUGUUGCUGAAAACGAGGCUGGCAGCCAGGAAAGAUCUGUCGUGCUUAGUGUCGUAGCACCACCUACGGUGGAGCGUGCCGAUGCUGCCGAUGUCACUGUGCAGGCGGUGGCCGGCCACAACGCGUCGCUCCGUUGCACAGCGUCAGGCAGUCCACGGCCAGAGAUUAAGUGGCUGAGGAACGGCAUCCCGGUUCCAAGGGCUCCAGAAGAGGCUGCCGCGCUCGUCCCUCAUAUUCCGAUCACCGAUGUUGACCAGAUGCCCAGGGUGUUUGUGUCCACAGAGAGCGGACGGAGCACGCUCAACAUCAUCGCAGUAGAAGUGGGUGACACGGGGCCAUAUAUCUGCGCAGCCACCAACAAGGGCGGCACGGCAGUCGUUGAGUACUACGUCGACGUGGUCGUGCCUCCCCACAUCGUGAAUGACACUUUCGAGGCAGCCAGAGAUGAGGACGUUCCCACUAACUUGUUGGUGCUUGCCAAACACCCUUUUUCUCUGGCCUGCAACGUCGACGGCAUUCCGCUACCGAGCUUCACAUGGCACCAUGAUGGAUUUCCAGUGCCUCGUGAAUCACUCACAUCAGUACGUGGCAAAUGGCUACACGUCAGCACAGCACAGCAUCAUCAUGCGGGACACUACCUUUGCGAAGCCCGCAACCUUGGUGGUGCAGUACGGAUCGCUUACAAUGUCACCGUCUUGGAGGCACCGCAGAUCGCCGGCACUGAAACUCAUCGGACUACGGUCCUGGGCGACACGACCACUCUUGAAUGUUCUGCCCUGGGGACACCGGCUCCGGUGAUGUCCUGGUCCAAGGACGGACAUCCCUUGGAGGCGUUUAAUGGCAGCGAAUUGCUGAUGCUGAAUGCGACUAGUGAGGAGGAUGCGGGAGUUUACGCCUGCACAGCAGUCAACGAUGCGGGAGUAGCAACGCGGGAAAUUUCGCUCACUGUACUUGGUAAGACUUAG